CGCCCGCCCGCCAUGCCGUCGUCGCCACCGCCGCCAUCACCGCGUCGAAAGGACCGCCUGCUCGUCGUCAUCGGCUCCGGGCCGGGCAUCGGCGCGCACGUCGCCGCCGCCUUUGCCGCCCGCGGCUUCAACCGCGUCGCCCUCGUCGCGCGCAACCAGGCCAAGCUCAACAGGGACCGCGCCGCCAUUGUCGAGCAGCAGCAGGAAGGCUGCGCGGGCGUCCACGUCGGCACGUACGCGACCGACAUCACCGACCACGUCGCCUUCCACAACACCCUCAACAGGAUGGACGAGGACAUGGGCUCCCCCGCCGAGUGCGUCUUCUACAACGCCGCGACGGUCCGGCCCUCGGCGCUGCUGGAGACGAGCGAGGUCGACAUGGAGCAGGAAUUCAAGGUUACGUGCACGAGCCUCCACGCAACGGCCAAGCACUACGUCCCGCAGCUCCUCAAGCUCGCCGAGACGGACCCCUCCGCGCGGCCCUCGCUGCUCAUCACGGGCUCGCACCUCCCCCACCGACCCGACCCGGAAGCCUUCGUCCUGUCCAUGACCAAGGCGGCCCAGCGAAACAUGGCGCAGUCGAUGGAGCACAAGUUUGGGCCCAGGGGCGUGCACGUCGGCCUCGUGACCGUCUGCGGCGUCGUCGACCCGCAGAAGAAGCGGCUGAACCCGCGCUUCAUCGCGGACCGCGCCUGGGACCUGUUCAACCAGCCGAGGGAGCAGCAGGAGUUUGAGGUGAUUAUCCAAGAAGAAGGACAAGAAGGACAAGAAGAGUUUGAGGUGUCUAUACGACAAGGACAACACUAGAGCACUCGUUGGGAUGUUGCGAUGCGACCAGCUCGUACCAGCUUUGCUGACAGAAAGCAGCGACGCCCGAGACAUCAACUAAGACCUCUAGGCUGGCUUCCGUCCAUACGUAACACGCCUAAAUAUGAAAAGGAGCGUUGGUCAAUGAAACAAACAGAGGAGAUGGCCCUGUCAUCAGGUUGGUGAAGACUCACAGCACAAACCCGAGGUGAAUGUUUGGAUCCAGACACUCGCGCAUCGCUUCCUCCUGGAGCCCCUCGAUACCAUCCUGCACCAAGCCCUCGGAUGCGAAGAGCUUACUGAGCGCGCUCAGCACGCCCGUCCAGGUGACCAUCCAUCGCCUCCCGAUGGCCUUGAGUCGCGGGUCUUUGGCCCAGGGGCCGCACGGCACCGGGAUGAGCUCCUCGGUGACGUCCACGAAGCCCGCGUCGCGGCACCAAGCCGGAUACUGCUUCGCCUCGGUAAGGUCUCGGCCCCUUUUGAGCGCGGCCCGGCGGAUCUCAUGGGUCCAACGCUCAAAAGUCGAGCCGCGGGCGGAGCCGUCAAAGUCGAUGGGGUCGUGCGAGACGUCAAAAAUCUCAAUGUAGCCGUCGGGGCGAAGAUUGUCAAAGCAGCGGCGCAGAACCACCUGGGUGUCGUCAAAGCAGGUGAUGACGAAGCGCAUGUGUAUAUAGUCAAACAUGCGGCCAAACAAUUCCCAUGAGUCGCGCUCUACGUCAUGCUGCACGAAGGAGCAGUUGGGCGGGCGAGAGGCCUGCUGGAUGCAGCUGAGGUCACUGCCGACGACGACGCUCUCGGGAUGCCUCUCAGCUGUUUCACAUCAACAUGCCAUCUAGUCUCACAGCAUGCCGGCUUUGGGGCGAGGGGGCAAUACCGUACUCGACGGCCCAGAUACCGGUCCCAGUCGCCACAUCGAGCACGUACUUGGGCUCGACCACGGGAGCGAGGCCCAACUUUCCUUCGAGCAAGAGCAGGCAGGUUUCAUGUUGCAUAUCUAGAGCGCAUUAAAUCAAUGACAGUCCGCAUCUGCAGGGCCGGGUCUCUUACCGAGGCGGUCCUGUUCCUCCUUUGUGGCAUGGAUUGUCAGCACCCCGGCUCAAGACCGUAACGACUGUCCAACACCAACAGCAUCAUUGAGCAGAUAGUAUGCUUCUUCGUGUUAACAACAGUACAGUUGAU